CCUGCCUCCUGCCUCCACCCCUCUGGGGAGUAUAGGCCUUGAGGCUCAGCAAAUCCUUUCAGAGAAAUAUUUGAAAUAAAAGACAACAGAUAGGGGACGCAGCGAAGGCAGAGAGAGGCAUAAGGGCCAAUAGCCUCGGACAAGGGAAUCAGUACAAUCUGGCUGGUGUUUGCCGAUGAUAAUGCGCCUUUCCAAAGCCCUGAUAGACAUGGAGAUGGCAGAUUAUAGCGCGGCACUGGACCCGGCGUAUACCACUCUGGAGUUCGAGAACAUGCAGGUGCUGGCUAUGGGCAACGACACAUCUCCAUCAGAAGCAGCCAACCUCAACACCUCCAACAGCAUCGGGGUGAGCGCGCUGUGUGCCAUCUGCGGGGACCGCGCCACGGGGAAGCAUUACGGGGCUUCCAGCUGUGAUGGCUGCAAAGGCUUCUUCAGGAGGAGCGUCCGGAAGAACCACAUGUACUCCUGCAGGUUUAACAGGCAGUGCGUGGUAGACAAAGACAAAAGAAACCAGUGCCGAUACUGCAGGCUUAAGAAGUGCUUCCGAGCAGGAAUGAAGAAGGAAGCUGUACAAAACGAACGGGACCGCAUCAGCACCCGGAGAUCAAGUUAUGAAGACAGCAGCUUGCCCUCCAUCAAUGUCUUACUGCAGGCAGAAGUCCUGGCACAGCAGAUAUCAUCCCCGGUUCCCGUGAUGAACGGAGACAUCCGAGGGAAGAAGAUCGCCAACAUCGCUGACGUCUGCGAGUCCAUGAAGCAGCAGCUGCUGGUGCUGGUGGAGUGGGCCAAGUACAUCCCCGCCUUCUGCGAGCUGCCCCUGGACGACCAGGUGGCACUGCUGCGAGCACAUGCAGGCGAACAUCUGUUACUGGGAGUUGCCAAGAGGUCCAUGGUGUUCAAGGAUGUCUUGCUGCUAGGAAACGACCAUAUCAUCCCACGGAACUGCCCCGAACUGGUGGAGGUCAGCCGCGUGGCCAUCCGCAUCCUGGACGAGCUGGUCCUCCCCUUCCAGGAGCUGCAGAUAGAUGAUAACGAGUACGCCUGCUUGAAAGCCAUCAUCUUCUUUGACCCAGAUGCCAAAGGACUGAGUGACCCCUCCAAGAUCAAGCGGAUGCGGUACCAGGUGCAGGUCAGCCUGGAGGACUACAUCAAUGACAGGCAGUACGACUCACGGGGCCGCUUCGGGGAGCUGCUGCUGCUGCUGCCCGUGCUGCAGAGCAUCACCUGGCAGAUGAUAGAGCAGAUCCAGUUUGUCAAGCUCUUCGGCAUGGCUAAGAUUGACAACCUGCUGCAGGAGAUGCUGCUGGGAGGUUCAUCAAGUGAAACGCCGCAUGCUCACCACCCCCUGCACCCUCACCUGAUCCAGGAGAACCUGGGAACAAACGUCAUUGUGGCCAACACAAUGCCUCCUCAGAUGCACAAUGGGCAGAUGUGUGAGUCCAUGUGGCCCUCUUCUAAUUUUGUGUCUCUCUCUGUAGCAACUCCAGAAACUCCCCAGCCGUCUCCACCCGCGGGCUCAGGGCCAGAGCAGUACAAGCUGCUGCCCGGAGCCAUUGCAACCGUGGCAAAACAGCCCAGCUCCAUCCCACAGCCUGCCAUCACAAAACAGGAGGUCAUCUAGCAAGCUGCAGACCGGCUGGCCUCGUUUAGAAGACCGUGUGGGAGAAAAGCCCGAGCAGACUCUGUCACUGUGAAAAGAGAAGCCAUCCAGAGGUCCUCGGGCACAAACACAUGGACUUGCUUAUUGGACUAGUCCACCACUACCAAAAGCUGUCUUCCUGCAGCUACGGGCAGCGCGUCCCACAGAGAGCCUCGAGUCACAGAACUAAGGUUGAAGCCUUACUGAAACCCUCAUUCCUCGUAAGAAGGGCCAGAUUUCUGUCUGCCUCCAUCGGGAGGUUUGCAGGGACUGGCUGGGGACCAUGCAGCUGGCUGUUCCCCCAUUGCUGCCUCUCUGCGUCGGUUCAGGAUACACCAGAUCCUGCGAACAAGCGAUUCUCCAAACCAAGACACUGUGCUGUGCAGAAGGAGGGCUUCUACCUGCAGCCAUGCCAGCUCCCCAGGCAGCCCCCGUCCUGCCAGACUUUUCAGAGGUGGAAGCUCCCCCAGGAGCAUCGCUACAGGUGAAGCACACUGGGAUUUUCCCAGGCAGCACUGAGAGAAUGGCCCCUCAGCCUCAGCUCACCCCAGAUCUUCCCAUGGUCACCCUUCAGCAAACUAAGCCCCCAGCCAGGUCUACCAAACCUUUUCAGCUUAUACAGGCACAAAGUCUGGCCCACUGGGAUUUUCCACCAUUGGUAUCUUGCUGUAUUUGAGGGGUUUUGCUAUUUCCAUGCCAUGGCUGCUUUCCCACCACAGGGCUCAGAGAGGCAGCCAGAUCAUUCCUUUACACCGCUGCCUCAUUGCCACCCAGCCUGGGAAGUUAGGGGACUGUGGGAUUCAGGGGAUUCAUAGGAUGGGGCCACCUCAGCACAGGCUGUGAGGGUGAGAAGAGCCUGGGCCUCAGAGAUAGGACCAAGGUCUUGGGCUGCCAAAAUACCGGGAGUGUUGUAACCCAGGAGUUCAGCUCAGACCCUUAGCUUUAACGCUAAGACAUGCCAUAUGAUCUACGUGUCCAGUUCAGUGACACUCCCUCCGCUUAGAGUGAGUGGCUGAUAACAGAUUUAUAGGGCUUCACAAUGCGAUAAGAACUCAUUAUGGCUCCUCCAGACCUCAGCGGGUUUGAGAGCAGAGCCUCAAAACAUAGUGCUUCGAGUCCUGCAGCGAAGACCGACAGAGGUCAGGGAACGGCCGUCUCACCAGAGCCCCUCGGUCUGCCCCAGCCUGCACUGCUCCUUCCCUAGCCCCCGUUUCCCUGUGCCUGCCUAUUUCUUUUGCUCUCUGAGGCCUGCCAGGACCGAAACCACGCAGGUUUGACCUUUGGUUUACAGCUGAAAUCAGGCAAGGAGCCCUCCCGUUGCCUCUGUGGGCACGGCCUCCAGGCCUCUCCUCAGGUUCAGUUUUGGCAGCAGCACAGCGGAGGUGCCGAGAAACCCCGGAACGAAUGUUUUUCGUCAGAGAAGGCCGACAGCAGAUGCACAGCAUCUGUGCCCUGGAAAAUCCAGCAGGAAGGAGAAUGAUCCUGGUUUAGCACUGGGGCAACAGCAGCUCUAACUAACCACAGACCGCGUUCCUGCAGGCCCUGGCCCUGUGGGGUGAUGUGGGCCCUGGCCCUGUGGGGACAUGAAGCUGGUGGAAUUGCAGCUAGAAUGGGGCCUGGGAGAGGUCCCCAGAGGGGACGAAUCUGAGCCAGCAAACCGGAGAAGCUGCAGAUCUGUCCCGUGAUCGCCAGCGCAAACAUGAAACACCUCGCCUUGCGCCGACGGCGUCAGAAGUGUUGUAUCGUCUCUCAGAGCUGGUGGCAUUAUACCGAGUAAUUUAUUGCAAUGAUGAAUCCAAUCAUUUUCUGUAAAUUAUUUUGUAAAUCACAUUGAUUAUUUAUAAUUGGGAGAUUAAAUGCAAAAAAAAAAAAAAAAAAGUAAUAACCAGGCUGUCUUUUCCAACUGCAGCAACCUUUUUUCCCGUAUGUAGAGAUACUCUGUGGGGAAUCAUUGUGGUCCAUUUGCACCGAGCAUUCCUCGAUACUGUACAUUAAUUUUUGCUGGUUACUGCCUUCCAAUGGAAACAGAGGAAUAUUUCUUCACCAGAGUUU